AUGUACCAUGUGAUAAGGUGGAAAUCGAAAGUGAAAAUACUUUUAUUCUUCUGCGAAAUGGCUGUGCGAAUGUUAGUGGAGGGAAAGUAUCUCCAAAUGAAAGUUAAGGCUUCUGCUGAGGCUCUCCUAUUGUGCGCUGUGUUCGCCUUGUGGUUUGUCCGUGUCGCAGAAACUUUGGAUGUGACCAUAUUUUCAAACCCAACAAAUGUCUUAAUGACAGAAAAUGUUUCCCUGGAAUGCAAAUUUACUGGUUAUACUGCCUUCAACCUAACAAGUGUUGGGGUCCAGUGGUUUGGGCCCUCAAAAAAGGAGAUCUAUACCUUUGAUGGAAGGGACCAUACUUCAAAAAGACAAGGAGCAAAGAUCUUUGAAGAUGGAUUACGGAAAGGAGAUGCUUCACUUUUUCUUUCAAAUAUACAGAUUGAAGACGAAGGGACAUACACUUGUAUUGUAUUUGUCACACCUCUCAAAGCUGAAAAGAGUUCAGAACUACAGGUGUCAGCUGAACCAGAGGUCCAUUUGUCCACAGAUCACAUUACUGUUCAGAAUGGAACAGAGAGAUCUGUGAGUUGUAAUGUUAAAGGAUUUUACCCUAAGAAACUUACUCUCACCUGGGAAAAGGAAACAACUAAGGGAAUUGAGGAACUAAAAGAUCAUUUCUGCACUGGUGCCCUAACUUCCAUGGAUGAUGGAACUUUCAGUGUUUCUAGUAGACUAAGGAUUGAACCAACAUUGAAAGAUAAUGGUAAUGAGUACAGGUGUAUCGUGAAACACCAUUCAUGUCCCAAAGAUAUCAUCAGGACAACUCGACUCACAGUUAAAGAGCCUGAGAGAGAUUCUUCAGUUGGAGCAGUUGUUGGAGCAGUUGUUGGAAGCAUAGUUGGUGCAUUCAUUAUUUGUGGAGCUCUAUUAAUUGCAUGGUUCCAUUGGAGAAGUAAAAAAGUUCCUCCAGAAAUUAUUGAAAUGAAACCCCCUUCCGUCAUUCACCAUUUGGAAGAAGAUUUCAUCGAUUACCAAGUCUAUGGAUUUAGACCUUCGAAGAUUCGAGUUGUUUUAAUCUUGAAGAGGAGAGAGAAUGGAAAUGGAAAAAAAAUUUUAGAAUGGCAUAGCACAGAUGGGAAUAAUAUAAAUAAUGUACAAUCAAUGUGCCAAAAUAAUCAAGAUGAAGUGCAGCUUCUUGUAAAUAGUUAUGAAGAGGAUAAAUCUUUUUCACCUUUUGAACCAACUUUAUCCUGUAACAGUAAUAGGACUUUCAAGUUACAGGGCAUAGUCAAAGUCUGUCCUGAUGUGAAAAGUGAUAAUGGGGCUGAAUUAAUUCUUCAAGUUUAUCAUGACACUGUUUCCCAACCCAAGUCAAAAGCUAUAACACUGGAUGUUAAAGCAGUCCCGCCAAAGAUUUCAAACAUUGUGGUGCCACUUCAUGUCUAUCAUAAUGAGCCUGCAGCCUUGAUUUGUUCAAUAAUUGGAUUUAAACCAAAAUCUCUUCAAAUCACAUGGCAACAAAUCAGGAAGGAUAAUAAAGUGGAACUUGUUCGAUUGCAUCAGGACAGGACCAUCUUUGCUACUAACAAUGGUAACACGUGCAAGUAUCAUCAUCAAAUCAGUGAAGUAGAAUAUGAAGAUAAAUCCUAUGGUAUUACCAGUGUCCUAGUUAUUUUGCCAGAUAUACUGCAAGACCAAGACACAAGGUAUAUCUGUGAGGUACAACAUGACGACUCUGACACUAUCAAGCAGAAAGAUACAAUUCUGCGAAUUACAGCCCCACCAAAAUUGGACAGGAUAGUGUGUGAUGCAGAAAAACCAGUUGCAGGAGAGUGCGUGACUUUGCAGUGUCAAAUACAUUCUUUUUACCCUCCCGGAAUCAUAAUAACAUGGUUGAAACAAGGUGAAAAAGUGACAGAAAAAUUUGAACAAAGUGAACCCACUCUGGGAAUUGAUGGACUCUAUCACUUGACAACUAGUGUAAAGAGUACACUGAGCAGAAUUGAUGUUGGGAAGAAAUACACUUGCCAAGUAAGCCAUGAAAGUCUAGAACAGCCAUUGGAAGUUGACUGGAUGGUUGGUCAACUCAUAUUAGCACCAAAGGUAACAGAAGUUACAGUUGAUCCUGUUCACCCGGAGGUGGGAAAAUCAGUAAUCCUUUCCUGUAAAGCUUACGAUUUCUAUCCAAAAGACAACGAAAUAUUCUGGCUCAAAGGGUUUGAGAAAACUAAAGAUGGAGUUGAAAUGGAUGACAUUGUAUUCGAUAGAUCAUCUGGUUCGUACUCUCGAUGGUCCAAAAGGACAUUCAUUCCAACUUACAUGGACCACGGAAAAGAGUUCAAAAUGCAAAUUCUUCAUGCUGGGACUUCAGAUAAGCCUGUCUCAUCCAGUCAUGUUUUGACAAUAUUUGGAAUGCCAUAUGUUGAAGAUAUCAAACUUGACCCACCAGAAGCCAAAUACGGUAGUGACCUUACUAUGACAUGUCGCAUCACUAACUUUCUCCCACAAGACAUUGAUGCAUCUUGGCAACAAAAUGGCAACCGGGUAGUCAAGGGAAUCACAGUUAAAGGACCUGUGAAGGAGAAAGAUGGAUGCUUUUCUGUGAAAUCUCAGUUACAAAUAAGACCAACUGCACAAAAUUUUAAUCAAGAAUUUUCUUUCCAAGUGAGCCAUAUUAAAUUAAAGACUCCAGUUACAAAAACAACAGUUUUAAUACUUCCAGCUUUGUCUCCUACCUUGUCUUCUAUUAAGGUUGAUCCAAAUUCUCUUGAAGUUAAUCAGAAUCUAACAUUCAGUGUUACACUGACAAAAUAUGCUCCUGCUGCAGUUGAAGUAAAGUGGUUUAAAAACAAGACACCUUGUUCAGAAGUGAUUAACAAACCUGCUGAAAUUGCUGAGGAUGGUCUUUUCUCAUCAGUUACAAGCACAAAAUUUGUUGUAACUGAGAAGGAUCAUGAGUGUGUCAUCAGAUGUGCGGUGUUUCAUCCAGCAACAAAAGAAAUUCAAGAGAAAACUUUCAUGUUAUUCCUUAAAGGUAUUAAAAAUGAAGAAUCGCCUUAUUCAAAUCUAUCGAAAGAUGAAGGGGUAUCACAGAUAACUUGCAAGACACCACAUCCUCAAGCUGGCCAACCUGUAACAAUUUCCUGCACUGUUACGGGAUCUGCUUUAGAAGACUCGCACAUCACUUGGUACAAAGAUAUUUACCCUUUUGAUGAAACCAGCUGCAUUGAAAACAAACCAUUUGAAACUGGUGUAGGUUUCACCACUGCAUUAACUUACACACCAAAGCAAGAAGAUGAUAAUUGUCACUUCCAAGUUGAUAUUAUCACUGAGAUGGACCCAAUCAGCAGAUAUUUCAAACUGAAAUUAAUUUGAGUUGGUAUGGCAGUUUCUGAGACAGUAAUCAAUGCAUUCUGAUGUUGCAGCUGUAAAGUGAAGGAAUAUUCUUGCUUCAACUUCAUAAUGUAUAAUAAAAUACUUUCAUAGGUGAAAUGUAGGAUGUGUGAUCAACAUUAGCUUUGUUUUUAUAUGCAUCCAUUUUAGUUUGAGAUUUACUGAUCACUAAUAAAUUUAUCCUGGAGCAUUGUAAUCUCUAUAUCUCCUACUUGUAUUAACACUACUAAUAUUUUUGUUCUUGUUAGCUGGAUGAUCAGAAGCAAUGGGGAAAAGCCAUUAGCUAGCUAAUAAAAGGUUGAGUAUUAAAAAAUACCUUAAAAGCCAAUCUUUGUGUCAAGACAGAAUAUAUUAAUGAAAGAAAGUGACAACCGUUACUGUGAAGGAAUUAGAGGGGGAAAUGGCUGCUAAAAUAAAUUUCACAUAGCAUGUGGACUGAGAGAGAAGUGUGAAGAAAACAGAGGAUAAUGUGUGAAGAAAUAUUGUGUGAUAUCACCUUCAGUGUUGCUACUGUUCACAGUCAUGACUGGCCUCAAACAACACAGGAGUUGGAGGAGCAUAGCAGGCCAAACAGCAUCAGACCAUCAGAAGGUUGAUGUUUCGUGUUGGGACCCUUCUUCAGAAAUGGGGAGGGUGAAGGGAGCUCAGAAAUAAACAGAGAGAGAAGGGGUGGGGCUGGGGAAGGUAGGUGAGAUGGUGAUAGGUGAAAACAGGUAGGGAGUGGUGGGGAUUGGUCAGUGGAUGGGUGGGACGGACAGGUGGGGGGAGAAGAUGGACAGGAUGUGUCAGGUCAUGGAGGCAGUGAUGAGAGGGAGGGUUGGAUAUGGGAUGAGGCCGGGGAUGGGGAGAUUUUAAAACUGGUGAGUUCUAUGCUUAGGCCAUCAGGUUGUAGGCUCCUGAGGCAGAAUAUGAGGUGUUGCUCCUCCAGUUUGAGGGUGGUGUCAUUGUGGCACUGGAGGAGGCCCAGGAUGGACAUGUCACCCAGGGAGUGGGAGGGAAAGUUAAAAUGGUUGGUGACCGGAAAGUGUUGUCAUUUGUCCAUCAUGCUUGUAAUGUUGCACAUGACCUCUUUUGAAUAGAGAAAUUGGCUCUGGUGUCUCUAGUUGCCAUUUUCAGCAUACAUUGUGUGCAACCUUCUCCUGCAAUACAAAAAAUGUAAUAGCCAUAUGUGCCUGUCAUGAUUGUGUAGUACCAAUGUUAUUGAGUAAGUUGAGGUUGCAAUAGUGGUGAGAGCAGUUGGAGGAAGAUAGACUGGUACAGUGAUUGUAGGAAGUGAAGUAAAACAGUGGAACAGAGUGUUAAGUGUAGCUGUAGGUGUGAGGAGAACCAUUGAGAUGAGAGGUGGAAUUCCUGGCCAUAUUUGAGACAUUUGCCAGAACUGCAGCUAUAUCCUAUGAGCUAAGAUGACAUUAGUCUCCUUCAUUGUCUUAUUGUUGUGUUGUGCUACUUGGAAAACUUUCUAGCUCUUGGUUGUUUCAGCUAAGUGUUGUGUCUGUGAGGCUAAAGUUGCUUGGAGUCUAUUCCUUUGAUUAGUAACAAGUGUCUUGCUUGGAUUUAUGAAUUUUCAACCUGCAAACGUCAUGUGGGUUUUGUUACUCAUCCCACUCUAAUGGAGCAGAGAAAUGAAUAAGUAGUAUGUAUUGUCCCAUUUCAGUUUGAUAGGUACUUUUAUUUUUCAAAGAAAAAAAAUCAGUUAGUUCAAUUCAACAGACUCAGCAGUGCUGAAGAUAUCCAGUAAUACCAUAAUUGAAGAGACAGCUCAAUACCAUAACAACAUGUACCUUUUGUGCUGUUUAGGAAGUCCACUUUAUAGUUUAUUUCAUACACAAAGUACAUUACUUUGUAAUAAUAAGAUGCAUUUGUUGAUGACUAUUGGAUCCACUUUAAAAUGAAGACAGUUUGAUUUAUUUACAGACUGUUGUUUAGAUGUUUCCUCUGAAAAUUUAUAAACAAACAGUAUUAAUGUCCAUUUCAAAAAAUGGAAACGUUGUGAACUAUUUUUGUAUUCCGCAUUUGAGAAUCUGUCUGAAUUUGCCAUUUUGCCAAGGGGUAUGUUUAUGUGAUGUUACUAUGUUGGCACAGUUUUUUUUUGUAUUUUGACUAACCUAUUCAACUAACUGAAAAUUGUUAUUUGAGAAAUAGGUGCAAUAAUAGAUAUUUCUGCUUUUUCCUCUUGACUCUUCCCCAACAACACUCUCUUUCUGAAUUGGAAAGAUAAUUCAAGAAUCUUUUCCAGCACAAAAUCUAAACUGACACUUCAGAUUAGUACCAAGGGAAGUCCUGCAGUGCUGAGACCAUCGUAUCUUCCAUAUCACACAUUAAAAGCAGGCCCAUUUACCUUACUGUCAGAGUGGGUGACGUCACUCCGGUAUUUCAUUGUAAUUGUGGCUGCCUUUUUGGGCAGGUGAUUUAUAUAAGCCAGGAAUUAGAACAUGUUUCAAUUCCUCUAACCUUUUCUGGCUAACUAUUAAUAUAUGCAAGUGGAAACCUUCUGAAGUUGAUUACUGUGAUUCAGAGUUGAGAACUUUUGUAGAGACUUCUAAAUGGCUGGUAAUUGUCCAUUAGAAAUUACAAGUUGCCAGGAAAUUAUUGUAUAGUCAGUGUCAUUCCCCAGUUAUCAGGAAACCAAAAUAUCUGGGCCAUUGUAUGAAAUGGUUACAAUUGAGAUUUGUUUUCAUUAAUAUUGAUUAAAUAUCAAUUUUAAUUGUGGUUUUUAAAAAAGUCAAAUUAGGAUUUAGUUGUCAGAACUUUCUUUGUAUAUUUUUUGUUUGUAUUUUUAUAUAUAAAUAAAAUAUAUAUUUCUGUAUUCUAA